AUGGCCGAGUCAACAGAGGAACACGAGAAUCCCAUUAUCCUCCCUUCGAUUGAGGUCUCUCCGGUUAUCAAAGUUGAGAGCUCUCCUCACGUUGGUCCUCUGCCUUCUUCUCCCAACAAUCCUCCGACCGAGGCUUCUGCAAUCGACGACCCUCCAGCUAAGGCUUCUUCAGUCUCCAAUCACUCGGCACAGGCUUCUUCAGUCAUUGCGCCUCCGGUUCAUUUCCAUCAUCCCGGCAACCCCCCGACCCAGGCUUUUGCUCCUCUGGAACAGAAUCCUCCCCUCAUCAACGCUGUUGGCCAGGCCCCUCCCGCUAUCAACCCUCGCCCCGUCAUUGCAGCCCGGGCCUUAAAUCCUCCUGUCGUUUUACCCCCGCUUCCUGCUCGUCGCGGCAACGAAACUCUCACUCAACCCGGUUCUUCUAUUCCUCAGAUAUCCAACCCUUCUCUCGUGGUCAACCCCCCUUCUCUCGAUCCCUCUUCAAGUGGCCACUUCAGCUUUCAAGGCCUGACGGACAUCUGCCAGGGAAUGGAGGCAGAUAUUUUGUCAAAUGCCUUUGGCAGUACGAGGGCCAGAGGCGACGAACGAGGCUUCAAGACGCCGUUGGAGUACAAGGCUAUUCGCCGAAUCAAGACCACGAUGAUGGUGAAUCGACAUACGGCAGUCGCUGAAAAGACUCGUAUUGAAGACGACCUCAGGAAACUCUCAGGCCAGGAACAGAGUUGGCCGGUUAUGAGGAUGAGUGGGGCGCUCAAUGACAUGAUGAGGGGCUUUGACCGUUAG